CAAUUUUAUUUACCACACUUAGUUAUUGCUCUCAUUUUGUGUGACAGUGAAAACCUGUUCUUGUAUUCCCUCAGUGCCCAUGAAUCAUACAGUAUCACUUUGAAACAUAACGCUCACUUUUAGCGACUGACCACAGCAUAGGGCAUCAGUCACUUUCAUUGAUUUUAAUGAGGAGUUCGCUGAGAUAUAAACAGUCCCCAGAACUUCAUUUAUAAUCCAAUUGAAUUUAUCACUAAAGAUCAGCCUUUUGAUUGUGUGGAGCAAGUGAUUUUUGAAGUUUUAAGUAAUUCCAUUAUCCCUUGUCUUUGUUUUAAUUUUUGACCAAGUCUUUGUUAUAACAAAGAUUGAUUUCAAGGUUCUAUCUGCCGAAUAUCAGUUGUGUGUCAUCAAAGCUGUAGCUCUUGAUGAUCUGGUAUGUCUGAUAACAAAAGACGUAGUCUUGUAUUCUGGCCGAGAGUAGAUCAUAGUGAUAGUUCUAGUGAUACAGAGUGGGAAGACGCCCCUCUUCAGCAAUUAUCAGACAAAGGAGACAGCACGCCGUUGGGUGAAGGAAGUGAUCCAGAAAGUGAUGCGCAGUUUCGUCUAAUGGCCGAACGAAAGACAGUAAUCGUACCUGAAAAACUUUACAAAGUAAUUAUCAUCGGUGAUCCAACCGUGGGAAAAACUUCUUAUGUUCAAAGAUAUGUACAAAACUCUUUCAAGAAAGACUACAAAGGCACUGUUGGAGUCGAUUUUGCUUUGAAGGUUCUCCAAUGGUCAGAUCAUCAAACCUUGAAACUUCAACUAUGGGAUAUUGCAGGGCAGGAGAGGUUUACGCAGAUGACUCGAGUGUACUACAAGGAUGCUCAUGGCUGUGUUAUUAUGUUCGAUCUUACCAACAAAAACUCUUUUAUCAAUACUUUGAAGUGGAAAAACGAUGUAGAUGAAAAAUGUCAACUUUCGAAUGGGAAUCCAAUUCCUUGCAUGCUUCUGGCCAAUAAAUGCGAUUUACCUCAUCGUCAGGUGGAACAAAUGGAAAUUGAGACGUUUUACAAAGAGCACAAUUUUAUCGGUUGGACUGAAGUAUCUGCGAAAGAAGGCCUCAUGGUUGAAGACUCUAUGAAGUUUAUGGUGGAUAUGAUGAUGAAGCAGGAAAGAAACGAUGGAGCAAUUGCAAACGAUGAGGAUACAGUAACACUGCGAGGCCCCGUUGCUCAGCCUGAAAAACCGUUCUGCUCCUGUUGAGGAAAAAUUUUCACAAAUUACUGGGGAAACUGGAAAUGUCUUCUAUGUCUUCCUAUUUUGGAUUUGGAAAAAGAAUCUCAUUUGAUUUACAUCACACGUGCCUCGGUUAUUUAUCUUUGAGGAAUUUACAAUCCCAUGGGUUACACAAAUCUCAUUCUGUUUGUCUCUACUUUUGCAAUCUUAAGGCCCAAUUCACACGGUUCAACUUUUCAUUAAACUUUUCUUCUGCUUUGGCCGAAUGAAAAGUUGGAUCGUGUGUUACAGACACGAGAACGCUACAACUGGAUGAAAAGUUGAUAGGAAAGUUGAAACGAAAUCUUACGACCGACAUUAGCAAGAGCUGUAUUUUCGUGAACUGCAAGCUGACGAAUUCAGUUUGACAAUAUCACGCAGCAGAGAAUCAGCAUUCAAUCCAAUUUUGUCGUAUACAACUUUCUAUCCAGCUUUUCAUACACUUUUGUUGGAUAAAAAGUUGAACUGUGUGAAUUGAGCUUCAGCCUUCAAAGUAUAGCAAUUCACCAAAAGUUUUUUGAGCAUUUAUUUCUAAAUCACUCACAUUCCUCAUCGAGACUUUCCUAUAUAUAUUCACCUGCCAUUUUACAUGAAAGUACCUUCAAUCAAAGACUGUUUAACUUGAAUAAUGUCUCAAUUAUUUUUUAUUCCAAUGUUGAAAUUUAGAAAAAUUACUUCAUUUUGUUUUUUCAUGUACUUACAAGCGAAAGAAGAAAAUGAGACUUUAAUGUAUCUGUCAGAAUUUGCAAAAGGCUGGUUCUUUGUCGUAUUAAAAAUCUGAUGUAUGUUUUAGAUCUGGAUCUUGCUUUAAUGAUUCUCUAUUUUUAGUGUACUGCCAAUAGUAUCAACUUGGAUGGACAGUGUCACUAAGAAAGUGAUUUCUUGUCAAAGUCAAGUAAGGAUUACCAUUUCCAACUUUUUUUUAUCUAAUGGAUAAGCUUUUUUUCUUCUAGUAACCACAGAAAAAAAAAAUUCUGAGUAUGUAUGUCAUGGAGAGCUACUAAAAUUGAACCUGUUGCUUUGAUCAAUCAAAUCUAAUCAAAAUUAAAAUUUAUUUGAAUUUAUACAACUAAAUAUUCAAAUGCCAUUCUAUUUUUUUGUCUUCAGCGUUCCAUUUUUUAGCUCUUCAAAAUGUGUGUUCACAAUUUAAUUAUGCCUUAAGUGUCAAAUGCUUAGUGCCAAUCAAUGAUCAUUGUAAACUAUCCAAUCAUCGUAGCAUUAUUUAAUUUUGAAAUUAUAUUACCUGUUAACCGUUUCUCUACCACGCAGAUGUUGUUGAAUGUUUAUUGUUAGUAAUUUAUCUCUCAAAGGUCCUUAUGAAGCUGCUAGACAGUCCAAUAGGAGGGGAUCAUGCUUUUGUAUUAUCUUAGAUUUGACUAUAAUCUUUUGCUGUAUUUCCUUUCACUCUAAGCUGCCAAAAGUUCCUUAUUUUGGUACUCAUCGAACAUAAUAUGUUUAGUGUAUUUUCUAUAUCGGAAGCGAUCGACGAUUAAGUACUAUAAAGCUCGUAAAACAAUUUUAGCCUCUGAUUUUCUUAUUCCCCUGAAAAGUAAAUAGUUCUUUUGCUCUGAUCAUGCGUACAAAAAUUGGAAUUAAAUUCUUAAAUCUCAAGGAUUAUUUGUUGUAUUGGAUUUAUUAGCCAUAUUUAUUAGCUAGAGGCUUAGUGAUGAGGGAACCAGGAAGUUUUUGAAAAAGUAAUGUGUAAAAUUUGUUGCCAUUAAGUAUUCUAAUAUCUAUUUGAGGUAAAUUUAGCCUUGUUUAUUCUAGUUCUUUUUUUUUAUACAAUUAAUGUUGACAAUAAAGUCGAUUUCUAAUCAUUAA